UUGCUUCGCCCGGGUCACAGUGACACGGCAAGGUCCUUAGCUGCGGUGGUAAUGCUAAAUCCUCCCAUUCCGCUAUCUUCUUGUUACUUGCGGGGCACAUCUUGCGAAUAUGCAACAACCCAUGUGCACCUGGCCUUCCUAGAAUGUUCGUUCCUGUUGCCGAACUUUGCAUCGAAUCUCCCGUAGCGAACCUAGAACAAGACCAAGCUAGAUGGAAGUAAGCAGCUAGGAACGAUUUCUCAGUUGGUUCUGCAUCAGAGGAUGGAAUCUGCCGCAAGACUUUCCAUUUGAAGUGCGCAAUGGGAUGAAUUGCGCGCGGCGAUCUCAUGGCUGUGAACUCCCCAGCCUCUGCUUGAGUGUCACCACCCGCUGCGCGACCGACCUUUUCCUCCCCAUCCCUCCACCCACCCAUUAUUGACCAUGUCGCUGAAGCAGAGGGUCAAUCAUCUCUUCGCCGAGGGCGGCGAUGUUGCAAUUCCGGUUCUCACCAUCGUCAAUACUGUGUCGGGCCUGUUCCCCCCCCUACAGGCUGCCACCAAUGCCGCACUUUUCAUCCUCACUGAAAUCAAAAAGUUCAGGGGAAAAAGGGAAGAAUGGGAGCGUUUUGGAGAAUAUAUCGGGGACGCUAUGGUCCAUGUGGUUACAGCCAUCGAGGAUCCGUAUGAUGAAUCCAAUCAAAAGCCGAACUCGUGGGUUGAAAGCGUCAACAAGCUGGGCAAGGCACUGGAGCGCAUUCAGACUGAAGUCCGUCGAGUGGGUGAAGAACGGUCUGGUAUCCAUAAGUUCUUCUCCCAUUUGAAGAACCCCAGUAAGCUCGAUGAUCUAAAGAAAGAUUUUGGUGAAGCCUUGGCAAUGUUCCAGCUGCAGACAACCUUGAUGAUUAAUGCAAAUCAAGUUCUGAAUGAACUUAAAUAUCCCAUUGUCCCCCAUCACGAUUCAACUCAGCCGUGCCUGCCAGGCACCAGGAUUGAUCUGAUCGAGCGUAUUAUGACGUGGUGUCGUACCACGGAGGAUAGCAAGAAUCGUGUAUUACUGCUAAAGGCCGUGGCCGGCGCCGGAAAGACAUCCGUUGCGCUCUCAGUCGCAGAGGAGUGUAAACGAGAAAAGAUAUCAUCGUCAAGCUUCUUUUUCAAAGCAGGCGAGCAGUCGCGGCCGGACCAUCUGUUCAGCGGCAUGGCUCGAUCUCUGGCAACCCAUGAUGCUGCAUACCGUGCCUCCCUCAUAUCGACUCUUCAGGGGGACCCAGCCCUCUCGACUGCCCCAUUCGCAAAACAAUUUGAGAAACUAGUGGCUGAACCUCUCCGUCUCAGGACAUCGUCUGAUCGUCCUAUGGUGAUCAUCAUUGAUGCAUUAGAUGAGUGCAACACAGAGGCAUUCCCACUUCUUGCCAACAUACUUCGAGAAGAAGUUCUAAAACUACCGCCCAACAUCAAAUUCUUUGUCACUUCCAGGCAAUUCGACCUUGUUGACCGUUUUCUAUCACUCAAUGACCCCCUUACCAUCAGUCUUUCGGACAAUACUAACAUCCAUGACUGUGCUGCCUACAUCCGAUCGCAACUGCGUGAACUGAAGGCUGUGCAUGAUGAUUUGAAAGUCGGAAUAGGAGAGGAGGAUGACUUGGUCCAAUGCAUAUUAGAGCGAGCAGGUGGCUUGUUCAUUUGGAUCAGUACUGUGUUUGGCUACAUGAAGAUCACCGGUGGAGAUGCCGCGAAGAUGCUAAAGAAAUUGCUCGAUGAUAAUCCCAGCCGAUCAAAGGCAUCUGCUGAGGAAAAGAUGGAUAGGCUGUAUGCGAGUAUUUUGGAGAAGUGUAACUGGACGAAUGACGAUUUCUUGCAUGACUAUCCAAUCGUGAUGGGAGCAAUUCUAAUUGCACAGAAGCCACUAUCUGUUACGGCCUGGGAUGCCAUUCUCUCACCACUGCUGGAGUCGGACAUCCGAUAUACAUUAGCCCAACUUGCACCUCUCCUCUCAGGAGUAAGCAAUCCUGACAUGCCAAUUCGUAUUCUGCAUCAAUCCUUUCGUGACUUUCUCACGGACCGAGUCGAUCCACAAUCGCCCAUCCUCGGUCGAUUUAGAGUGGAUGCGAGGAGGGAGAACAAUAGAGUGGGCCUGCGCUGCAUCGAAAUCUUGAAUAAAGAUCUUCCCACUAUAAAGGAUUUGGGGCUGAUCGAGGACUUAUCCCGAAAAGCUAAGCUGCCCCCCAUUCCUCAGGAGGCGCUGUCCGAACAUGUCCAUUAUGCAUGUCGGCAUUUCAUGCAUCAUCUCAGCCAAACUCAGGAGCCACUGGAGGUGCCCAAUGGGCCUAUUCAUGCAUUUCUCAACAAGCAAAUAUCGCGCUGGGUGGAAGUCUGCGUGAGGACAGAAGGGUACAUUAGUAUGUCAUUGUUCCCUGAAUGGGCCAAGUUGAACGUUGAUUGGGUCUCCGAAGAAGUCAUUCACAAGUUGGUCAAAGUAUUUCUCAAUAUGAGGGAAAAUCUUGCGUUCUUUUUAAGAUUUCAGGAGGCAUAUGAGAUGGCAAGUGAUUCAGUUGCACUGUGCCGUUGCCUUGUGUCUACGGACUCAGAGUCCUACACCCCAGAUUUGGCUAGAGCACUCGGGGAUCUUUUUAUAUCAUCGAACGAAGUUGGACACCAUUCCAAGGCACUCACCGUGAUCAAAGAAAGUGUGCAACUCUGGCACGAGCUAGUUGCCACCCAUCCAACAUCAUACACCCCAGAUUUGGCUCGAGCACUCCGGAAUCUGAAAGUAUCACUCAACAAAGUUGGACGCCAUUCCGAGGCACUCAUUGUGAUUGAAGAAAGUGUGCAACUCUGGUGUGAGCUAGUUGUCACCCAUCCAACAUCAUACACCCCGGAUUUGGCUGGAGCACUCGGGAAUCUUUUUGUAUCACUUGACAAGAUUGGAUGCCAUUCCGAGGCACUCACUGUGAUUGAAGAAAGUGUGCAACUCUGGCAUGAGCUAGUUGCCACCAAUCCAACAUCAUACACCCCGGAUUUGGCUGGAGCACUCCGGAAUCUUAAAGUAUCACUCAACCAAGUUGGAUGCCAUUCCGAGGCACUCAUGAUGAUUGAAGAAAAUUUGGCUGGAGCACUCCGGAAUCUUAAUGUAUCACUCGACAAUGUUGGACGCCAUUCCAAGGCACUCACAGUGAUCAAAGAAUGUGUGCAACUCUGGUGUGAGCUAGUUGCCACCCAUCCAACAUCAUACACCCUGGAUUUGGCUCAAGUGCUUGGGAAUCUAGAUGCAUUGCUCACCAACCUUGGAUGA